AUGGAAUCCGAAGCCACGGCAACUCCCCCAGUCGCCGUGUUCAAAAAGCGCGGCGGCAAGGGCAAGGCCAACAUCCGCAAGCGGCCCGCGACGCCGCCACCCGCCGAUAGCGACAGCAACUACUCAUCGUCCGAGGACGAGUCCGGCCAGCGCGUCAAGCGACGCCGGAAGACGGCCAUCGUGACGGCGUCCUCAAAGCCCGCCGGCACCGUCCCCGCGACCGACAAGGAACUCACAGCGUCUGCGUAUACGGCCGACCGCAGCGCCCCCAUCACCUCCGCCAACGACGCCACCAAGCAGACAAACUGGUACGACGAGCACGCCGCCGACGCGCUGUCCGCCAAGAACCUGCUUGGAUCAUCGCGGACCAAGACAAACGCAGCCCCGGACGGCACGUACAAAGGCCUGGCGAACCAGACGUCCUUCAUCACCCGGAACCCCGACGCACCGUCGCGUGCGGCUACUGUCGGGCCGGUCAAGGCCGCCACCAACAUCCGCACCGUGACGGUGAUGGACUUUGCCCCAGACGUGUGCAAAGACUAUCGCAAGACGGGAUUCUGCGGCUUCGGCGACAACUGCAAGUACCUGCACUCGCGCGAGGACGUCAAACAGGGGUGGCAGCUCGACAAGGACUGGGACGUCACCUCCAAGGGCAAGACGCAUCUCGGCGGCACCGUCGUGGCGAGCGCGAAUCGCAAUGGGACGGCAGGCGGGGACGCCGCCGCCGACGCGGAGGAAGACGCGAUGCUGGAGAAGAUCCCCUUCAAGUGCAUCAUCUGCGAGGGCGACUACCGCGAGCCCGUCAUCACGCGCUGCGGGCACUACUUUUGCGAGCCCUGCGCGCUGAAGCGCUACCGAAAGGACCCGACGUGCGCUGCGUGCGGCGCGGGAACGAACGGCGUCUUCAACUCGUCCAAGAAGCUGAAGAAGCUGCUGGAGAGAAAGAGGGAUAGGGAGGAGAAGAGGAAGAAACAGGCAGAGGAGGAGGAGGCCGAAAACAAGGCUUAG